AUGACGUUGAUGACUGAAAACAGUGAAGUUCAAGAUGAAGAAGAAUCAAAUGGAUCUAAACUCAAAACUCAUGUUCCUCUAGAUAUCAAAACCUUCAACAUACCUCAUACAAAUGAAGAUCCUCAACUUAAUGACAUCCACACUUCUCCAAGCAACAAAAGAGAUAAUUCAUCACCUUUAAAUUUGCAACAAAUUGUCAAUGAGAGGGAUCAACCCUCACACAUCAUACGACGUCCCAAUAAAAUCAGCCAUGGUUUUCAGAAAAUGUUGUCCAGAAAACUUGAUCGAGAAUACCUUCAGAACAUGGCUAAAGAAUGGAUAAAAUCCCCAAUUAACAUAGUUCUCUUGAUCUGGAUCAUAUGUGUUACAAUCUCAGGUGCAAUUCUGUUCCUUGUCAUGACAGGCAUGUUAAAUCAUCUCCUUCCACAAAAACACCAAAGAGAAACAUGGUUUGAAGUCAACAACCAGAUCCUCAACGCUCUUUUCACUCUCAUAUGUCUAUAUCAUCACCCUCGUAGGAUCCACCAUUUCAUUCUCCUUCUAAGAUGGAAAUCACAUGACGUUUCAAAAUUGAGAAAAUUAUAUUCCAAAAACGGAACUUAUAAACCACACGAACGUGCACACAUGGCGAUAGUUAUCUUCCUCCUUAAUCUCAACUGCUUCGCACAAUACGCAUUAUGUGGCAUAAACGUAGGGUACACCAGAUCAGAAAGACCAGCAAUCGGAGUAGCAAUCACCAUCACCGUCGCAAUCGCCGCUCCUGCUUUUGCCGGCGUUUACACCAUUGUUAGCCCGUUAGGUAAGGAUUACGACACGUGUCCCGAUGAAGAAUCCCAAAGCGAAAUCAGAUUUUCAUUUUCUGAAACUAAUCCAAAAUGGAGCGGAGGUGUUCUCGACAUCUGGAACGACAUUUCCGUUUCACAUCUCUCGUUGUUCUGUGGAUUCUGUGUUUUCGGGUGGAACAUGGAGAGACUAGGGUUUGGAAACAUGUAUGUUCAUACGGCGACGUUUCUUCUAUUCUGUUUGGCGCCAUUUUUGAUAUUUAACAUGGCGGCGAUUAAUGUGAAGAGUGAGGUUGUAAGGGAGGUUUUGGGGGGUACCGGAGUGUUUCUGUGUGUGUUUGGGUUGCUUUACGGUGGUUUUUGGAGGAUUCAGAUGAGAAAAAGAUAUAAUUUACCGGCGACUAACUGUAAGUUGUGGUGUUGUGGGAAAGGUGAUGAUGUUAGUGAUUGUGUUUCGUGGCUUUUUUGCUGUUGGUGUUCUCUUGCUCAGGAAGUCCGCACAGCUAAUCUGUAUGAAAUUGUUGAAGAUAAUGGAAAAAGCUCAAACAGACGGGUGGCAGCUGUGGAAGAUGCAAUUUUGGAACCACCAUUGCGUUGUUUUGUAAACAGAGAAGAAGGUGAUUAA